AUGGAGCGUAUUUAUAUUUAUAUUGCGGUUCCAGCCUUGGACUAUCAGGUUUGUCAGCUUCGUGAGAAACGUUGUCCUAGCGUGAAGUACAUUUCUGAGUUGACAACUUCAGUUCCAAUCAUUGAUCAAUAUCCCCCGGAAGAUGCAGGAUGCUACCAGGGUAGCGAAUACUAUCCCGAAGGUGCCUUGUUACCCUCUGAUCCAGAGAAUCCAUGUGAAGUUUGCUACUGCAUCAACAGAAGCAGUUCCUGUGUUAUGCAAGAGUGUGCUCUUGUGGUCAAAGAGUGCUUACCAAUCUAUCGGGAAGGAACAUGCUGUCCUGUUAAGUACAACUGCUUCAGUCCUGUUUUCAAACUUGUAUGCUAUACUCAUUUUAUUAAUACUAAUCAUCUCAAUUUUGAAAUGGUACCAUUAGUAAAACCCUCGGGAACAACAAACGCCCCCGAAGAAGAAGGAGGAGGCGAGGAGAACGACUUUUCAGCUGGGUGUGUAAUUGAUGGUCACCACUUUGCCGAUGGAGAGGCUGUUGAAUCAGAUGACCCUUGCCAACAUUGUUAUUGCAUGAAAAAUAAGCUGAUGUGUAAUGUACAGGACUGUAAGUCACCAGGGGAAGACUGUCAGCCCUUGACACCAGAGAAAGGACAGUGCUGUCCGGAAAAAUACAAUUGUUCUACGACUCAAAGGCCAUUUACAGAACCUGGUGAACUUGUUAGGCAAGAAGUCACAAAUGGUCCUUCUGUCACUAUACAAGACACAGCUGGGGAACCUAUUAGAAAAGAAGCCACAGAUGGUCCCACUGUCACUACAACCGCUAAGCAACAGCCUACAGAUGAACCUACUGUAAUUACACAAGACACAACUGACGAACCUGUUAGACAAGAAGCCACAGAUGGUCCUACUGUCACUUCGGCUGCAAAACAACAAACCACAGAUGAACCCACUGUAAUUACACAGGAUACAACUGGGGAACCUGUUAGAAAAGAAGCCACAGAUAGUCAGACUGUCACUACAACCGCUAAGCAACAACCCACAGAUGAACCUAUUGUAAUUACACAGGACACAACUGGGGAACCUAUUAGAAAAGAAACCACAGAUAGUCCUAUUGUCACUUCUACUGCAAAACAGCAGACCACAGAUGAACCUACUGUAAUUACACAAGCCACAACUGACGAACUUGUUAGAAAAGAAGACACAGAUCGUCCUACUAUCACUACAGUUGCUAAACAACAGACCACAGAUGAACCAACUGUAGUUACACAAGACACCACAGGAGUGCCAGAGUUUACAACAUCUGACAAGAUUGUAGAAUCGAUCGUUGUUCAAAGUCCUUUAACCAAAGACACUGUAGUGAUCUCUAGAGGAAUACCAGGUGAAGGAAUUUGCCGAUUGAACAACACUAUCUACCAGGACAACGAAAGAGUUUCCAAUAUCGAUGCUUGCACUGUUAACUGUGUUUGUAUGAACAGCGUAAUUCAGUGUGAAAAAAUAACGUGUGAAGUGCCCAACAAGGAUAUUCUGAAGCAUUGUACUUUUACUCACGAUGCGGGUCGUUGUUGUCCCGAAUACGAAUGUUCAUUAGAUGUGACAGAAGUGGAAAACGCCGUACCCAGCGUAACUGUUACUGAAAACAUAUUUGAUGAAGACUUGAUUACAACAACAGCAACAAAAACUACACCAGAAGCGAUUGUAACAGAGAAAAAGGACACAGAGGUUGAUGUCAAAACAGAUGCUUUACUCACUACAACAGAAGUGGUCGUAACUGAUAAAGAAACAAGUGAUGAUGGAGUAACAACAAAGGUUCCAGACACAACACAGGAAGAGACUGCAACAGAGAAAAAGGACACAGAGGUUGAUGUUAAAACAGAUGCUUUACUCACUACAACAGAAGUGGUCGUAACUGAUAAAGAAAUAAGUGAUGAUGAAGCGACAACAAAGGCUCCGAGUGUUGCACCAGAAGAGACUGUAACAGAGAAAGAGGACACAGAAGUUGAUGUCAGAACAGAUGCUUUACUCACUACAACAGAAGUGGUCGUAACUGAUAAAGAAACAAGUGAUGAUGGAGUAACAACAAAAGCUCCUGGUGUUGCACCAGGAGAGACUGUAACAGAGAAAGAGGACACAGAAGUUGAUGUUAAAACAGAUGCUUUACUCACUACAACAGAAGUGGUCGUAACUGAUAAAGAAACAACUCCUGGUGUUGCACCAGAAGAGACUGUAACAGAAAAAGAGGGCACAGAGGUUGAAGCCAAAACAGAUGAUUUACUCACUACAAUAGAAGUGGUCGUAACUGAUAAAGAAACAAGUGAUGAUGGAAUAACAACAAAAGUUCCAGACGCUGCACAGGAAGAGACUGUAACAGAGAAAAGGGACACAGAAGUCGAUGUUAAAACAGAUGCUUUACUCACUACAACAGAAGUGGUUGUAACUGAUAAAAAAACGAGUGAUGAUGGAGUAACAACAAAGGUUCCAGACGCUGCACAGGAAGAGACUGUAACAGAGAAAAAAGACACAGAGGUUGAUGUUAAAACAGAUGCUUUAAUCACCACAACAGAAUUGUUCGUAACGGAUAAAGAAACAAGUGAUGAUGGAGUGACAACAAAGGCUCCAGGUGUUACAUCAGAAGCGAUUGUAACAGAGAAAAAGGACACACAGGUUGAUGUCAAAACAGAUGCUUUACUCACUACAACAGAAGUGGUCGUAACUGAUAAAGAAACAAGUGAUGAUGGAGUAACAACCAAGAUUCGAGACGCUGCACAGGAAGAGACUGUAACAGAGAAAAAGGAGACAGAGGUUGAUGUCAAAACAGUUGCUUUACUCACUACAACAGAAUUGGUCGUAACUGAUAAAGAAACAAGUGAUGAUGGAGUGACAACAAGGGCUCCGGGUGUUACAUCAGAAGCGAUUGUAACAGAGAAAAAGGAGACAGAGGUUGAUGUCAAAACAGAUGCUUUACUCACUACAACAGAAUUGGUCGUAACUGAUAAAGAAACGAGUGAUGAUGGAGUGACAACAAGGGCUCCGGAAGUGGUCGUAACUGAUAAAGAAACAAGUGAUGAUGGAGUAACAACAAAGGUCUCAGAAACUGCACAGGAAGAGACUGUAACAGAGAAAAAAGACACAGAAGUCGAUGUUAAAACAGAUGCUUUACUCACUACAACAGAAUUGGUCGUAACUGAUAAAGAAACAAGUGAUGAUGGAGUAACAACAAAGGUUCCAGACACUACACAGGAAGAGACUGUAACAGAGAAAAAGGAGACAGAAGUCGAUUCUAAAACAGAUGCUUUACUCACUACAACAGAAUUGGUCGUAACUGAUAAAGAAAGAAGUGAUGAUGGAGUAACAACAAAAGUUCCAGACGCUGCACAGGAAGAGACUGUAACAGAGAAAAAAGACACAGAAGUCGAUGUUAAAACAGAUGCUUUACUCACUACAACAGAAGUGGUCGUAACUGAUAAAGAAACAAGUGAUGAUGGAGUAACAACAAAGGUUCCAGACACCGCACAGGAAGAGACUGUAACAGAGAAAGAGGACACAGAAGUUGAUGUCAGAACAGAUGCUUUACUCACUACAACAGAAUUGGUCGUAACUGAUAAAGAAACAAGUGAUGAUGGAGUGACAACAAGGGCUCCGGGUGUUACAUCAGAAGCGAUUGUAACAGAGAAAAAGGAGACAGAGGUUGAUGUCAAAACAGAUGCUUUACUCACUACAACAGAAGUGGUCGAAGAGACUGUAACAGAGAAAAAAGACACAGAGGUUGAUAUUAAAGCAGAUGCUUUACUCACUACAACAGAAGUGGUCGUAACUUAUAAAGUAACAAGUGAUGAUGAAGCGACAACAAAGGCUCCGGGUGUUGCAUCAGAAGAGACUGUAGCAGAGAAAAAGGACACAGAACUUGAUGUUGGAACAACUACUCUUCCAACUGCUCCUGAAGUGGCCAUAACUGAAAAAGAAUUAAGUGAAGACAGUGGCUUGGCUCAACACAUCAUGUGCCUGUCACCUCGAAAACAACGGAACCUCCUCAAUCGGCAGAUAAGUCUGCUACAACUUCAAACGUGCCUUUCAUUCUCCCCGAAGGAGUCUGUCUUUAUGAGAAUCAGGUGUUCCAGUCUGCUGAGCAGAUUCCCUUCCCAGACGUAUGUGAGUACUGCUUCUGUUAUGAAGGGGACAUUCUGUGUAUUCAUCAGGAAUGUCCACCGCCAUCGCUUGGGUGUUUUGAGACCGUUCUCGAAGACUACUGUUGUCCACGUUACGAAUGCCCUGCAAAGAAAGUCAACAAUACCAGAACGACCUCUAAAGGUCGUACGCUGA